ACUAAUACCACUACAUUACGUCAUUGUAUUGUUUUUGUGGUAUUUAAUGAAUAUUUGGAUGAAUUGAUUGUCAGUUAACAUGAAUUUCUUCGACGACUUCAACACUAUAUUCAGAGAAUCAUUGAAUUCAAUGGACAACAAGUGGACAGACAUUGACGGGAAGGACAGUCGUAUCGGAUUAGACAACUUGGGGAACACCUGUUACCUGAACGCAGUGGUCCAGUGCCUCUCAAACACGGAUCUCUUGAGACAAUACUUCUUCUCCGACAAAUGCGAGGAAGACUUAACCACUUCUGAUGGUAUGAUUGCAUACGCCUUCUCACGACUGAUCCGACAGUUGUGGACAACGGAAGACCCGAAGAGGACUGCGAGGUCUGUGCGUCCGACGCAACUGAAGUCACUGUGCGAUCGGUGGUCAGCCCUGUCUUGGGGUCAGAACGACGCGCACGAGUUCUUAGCCCUAUUGGUGGACGCCAUCCACGCAGACCUCAACCGCGUUCGGGUCAAGAGAGCCAUCACUCGCACCACCGAUGAGAACGACAACCGAUUGGACGCCAACACUCUGGCCAUACAGUCGUGGAAUGAGUUCCAGAGGAAUAACGACUCAAUUAUCACAGACCUCUUCUAUGGACAGUACGUGUCGUCCAUCCACUGCACUGUCUGUCCGAAAGUAUCUCUCAAAUUUGAUCCAUUCGUGUACCUAUCGCUUCCAAUCCCUAUAAAACACACUGACAUUCAUCUGACAGACUGUCUUCGCUUAUAUACAGCACCGGAAUAUCUUUCUCAUUCAAACUCAUGGUAUUGUCCCAAAUGUAAAACCAAUCGCGAGGCCCGCAAACAGAUUCACUUCUGGAGAUUACCACACGUUGUGAUCAUUCAAUUGAAGAGAUUCUGUUUUGACGUAAACUCGUGCCCCGAAAAGAUUACCGGAUUCGUGGACUUCCCUCUCUAUCUGAACCUAGACUCGGGAAUGACAGACUCGCUGGGAAGGAAGAGUAGUAUGCUAGAGAUGCGACACCAGUUGGUAAUGCCGCUACACUUACCGCCGGUAAUGUGGCGGAAAACGUCCCUGAGGUUGCAAUUCAAGGGAUUAGGUUGGCGUCGUUUUGAUGACAAUCGUGUUGACGAUAUUCGUGAAGACUAUGUGAUCACCAGAAAUGCUUACAUUCUCUUCUAUAAGCGAAAGGAAUACAAAUCAAACCUCUAA